UCUAAAAAAACCCUACAUUCUGUUGGCUGCCAUUACUCAGUUACCUUCACGUGGCGAGAGGGUGUUUUUCAAUUUUUUUUCUCAUUUCUCAUAUUUUCUUUCGAAUUGACUAACAACAUUUUUAAAAAAAUAAUGGCCGACCGUACUAAAGCCCAACAGCAUGACAAUCACGAUCAGUUGGAUUUUGACAUUGAAAAUGUCCAGUCGAUGUUGGACUCUUUUUCCAACAUCAGUAUCAUUCCGAAUUAUCCUUUACUCAAGAAAUUUUCGUUACCUAAUAUGCCGACAAGCUACGAAACGGUUGGUAUUCUGGACGGAGAAAUCAGAAAGAUUGAGAAUCGUACUAGACAACAUAUCGAGUACCACUUUUGUCUCCGUAAUCACACACAUUGGGAUUGGAACGACGAAAUUCUGCCCGACAUGUUGAAAUGUGUUUUCUACACUACUAGCGAAAACUUCGCCGCCAUUUUACCUAUGGAAACGAAUAUCUGGGUGUGUGGCUAUUUUUCUCCUUCUGGAUUGUUCAUUAUUUGCCGAGAAGUUCGGCUAGCAACCGACAGUGACAUUGCUGCACUGUCACAUUAUGGAAUUCCGUGAAGAAUUUCGUACAAGCAGUUGGAAUCACUGAACUGCCCAAGAUUGUGUGGAACAGAAUGGGAAGUGUUGUCUUCUUUUUUAUGUUUACUUUGUUUUAUUUGUUUUUCAAAACUGUUCACACUGCUUUAUUGAUUAGUAAAAAUUUUUUGAAUCAUU